CUCCCGGCGCGGCGGCCGCGGCGAGAAAGUACAGUGAAAAGUCCGAGUGCGGCGGCGGGCGCGAGAUGGGGUCCGGCUCCUCCAGCUACCGGCCCAAGGCCAUCUACCUGGACAUCGAUGGACGCAUCCAGAAGGUGGUCUUCAGUAAGCACUGCAACUCCAGCGACAUCAUGGACCUCUUCUGCAUCGCCACUGGCCUGCCACGGAAUACCACCAUCUCCCUCCUGACCACCGAUGAUGCCAUGGUCUCCAUCGACCCCACCAUGCCUGCGAACUCAGAGCGAACCCCCUACAAGGUGAGACCCGUGGCUGUCAAGCAACUGUCUGAGAGAGAAGAGCUGAUCCAGGGUGUGCUGGCGCAGGUGGCAGAGCAGUUCUCCAGAGCAUUUAAAAUCAACGAGCUGAAAGCGGAAGUUGCGAAUCACCUGGCAGUGCUGGAGAAACGGGUGGAAUUGGAAGGACUGAAAGUGGUGGAAAUUGAGAAAUGUAAGAGUGACAUUAAGAAGAUGAGAGAAGAGCUGGCAGCCAGAAAUAACCGGACCAGCUGUCCCUGUAAGUACAGCUUUUUGGAUAACAAGAAGUUGACACCUCGACGUGAUGUCCCCACUUACCCCAAGUACCUGCUUUCUCCAGAGACCAUUGAUGCCCUCCGAAAGCCCACCUUUGACGUCUGGCUUUGGGAGCCCAAUGAGAUGCUAAGUUGCCUAGAGCACAUGUACCAUGACCUUGGCCUUGUCCGAGACUUCAACAUCAACCCCGUCACGCUCCGGAGGUGGCUGCUCUGCGUCCAUGACAACUACAGGAACAACCCCUUCCACAACUUCCGGCACUGCUUCUGUGUGGCACAGAUGAUGUUCAGCAUGAUCUGGCUCUGUGACCUCCAGGAGAAGUUUUCCCAAAUGGACAUCUUGGUCCUGAUGACCGCAGCCAUCUGCCAUGACCUGGACCACCCUGGAUUCAACAACACGUACCAGAUCAACGCCCGCACAGAACUGGCCGUACGCUACAACGACAUCUCCCCGCUGGAGAACCACCACUGCGCUGUGGCCUUCCAGAUCCUGGCACAGCCAGAGUGCAACAUCUUCGCCAGCGUGUCGCCCGAUGGCUUCCGGCAGAUCAGACAGGGGAUGAUCACGUUGAUCCUAGCCACUGACAUGGCAAGACAUGCUGAAAUCAUGGAUUCUUUCAAAGAAAAAAUGGAGAAUUUUGACUACAGCAACGAGGAGCACCUGACCCUGCUGAAGAUGAUUUUGAUAAAAUGCUGCGACAUCUCCAAUGAGGUCCGUCCCAUGGAGGUGGCAGAGCCGUGGGUGGACUGUCUGUUAGAAGAGUAUUUUAUGCAGAGUGACCGGGAGAAGUCAGAAGGCCUUCCUGUGGCCCCGUUCAUGGACCGAGACAAAGUGACCAAAGCGACAGCCCAAAUUGGGUUCAUCAAGUUUGUUCUGAUUCCCAUGUUUGAAACAGUGACCAAGCUCUUCCCCGUGGUGGAGGAAACCAUGCUGCGGCCGCUGUGGGAGUCCCGAGAGCGCUACGAGCAGCUGAAGCAGCUAGACGACGCCGUGAAGGAGAAGAAGGUGGAGACCCUGACAUCCGGGGGCACUGAACAACCCACGGAGCCGAGCAGAGAUGCAAAAACAAGCGAAGGUCACGGUCCUCCGAAGUGAUGUCUGGAUGCAAAUGGACACAGUGUCUGAAAGCGCGGCAGAGCUGCGGCCGCUCAGCUGGGCCUGGCAGAGCUUCGCGGGACCCUCCACACGGGGGUGAUCCGGGCACCCACAGCCCGCUGCCACCCGACCACGUUUUCUAAGGACCGUUUUUGUUCGCUGAUGCAACCACCACAACAGAACAGGAAUUCAUGAUGCUGUACAGAAUUUUUAUUUUUAAACUGCCUUUUAAAUAAUAUAUUCUUAUACAGAAACUGGUCUGUAUUUUUCUUCGGUAGAGUUCGGCAGCCCAGGGCUGCUCCCGACAAGCUCUUAAGCGGAGACCAAGGACACUGGGCUUUUCCCACAGAUGCAGCUCACACCCGUUGGGCAGUGUGAUGCGAUGCAUACGUCUGGGUCAGUUCCACAUUAAACAUCAGGAUGGUGCCAGAGAACGAGGACAUGCGCAU